ACAAAACCCCUCUAAUUAAUCUUCUCUCUCUACCCCUCCCCUCCCCUCCCUCUCUCUCUACAAAACAAAACUCUCUCUCUCUAAAAAAUGGAAGUGGAACCAAGCCCGCCUGUGGUGGCCAAGAAGCUAUGGAACCUAGUACGGAUAGUGUUCUUCAUGUUGCGAAAGGGCUUGACGAAAAGCAAGUUAUUAGUCGACCUCCAUUUGAUGCUCAAGCGCGGCAAGCUAGCCAGCAAAGCCAUCGCAAACAACCUCAUCAUGCUCCACCACUCCUCCAACUCCGCCUUCAGCUGCCGCUCGAACGACGCCGUUUCGUUCGUCACCCCCCGUGAAUAUGAGUUCAGCUGCAGCAACAGCCCCGCCACCCACAACCCUUUCCUUUUCCACCACAAGCGCAACAAGCACCACCACCACCACCACGGAUACUUUGCGAAAAAUACUUCUGCCACAGCCGCCGCGUAUCAAUACGAUGAUGUGAGCACCGCGGCGGCGGUGCAGAGGGUUCUUGAGAUGCUGAACAAUGAGAUGGUGGCGGAGGCGUCGCCAAUGGUGACGCUGCCAGGGUUCGGGAAGAGCCCGAUGGUGAGGCAGCUGAGGAUAACGGACUCGCCGUUUCCGAUGAAGGAAGAGGGAGAUAGCCAGGUAGACAAGGAAGCUGAGGAAUUUAUUAAGAAGUUCUAUAAAGACCUCAAGUUGCAGAAAAGGACAUCUGCUCUUGAAUCACCAUACCGUGCUUUGCGAAGUCGAUGAGAUCGACCUUGAAAAAAUUACCACCUGGGUUGAAUCUUAAAUCUAAUAUUCCAUGGGAUGAUCAAGCAGCUAGGGCUUCACGCACCUGCGCGCUUUGAUUGCAUGGUUAAUUUAUUUUCGCUUUUGUGAUUUGCACAUAAGAGUACUCACACACGCAAGGAAUUUUUGUAUGUGCCAGAUAUAUGUAUCUUUUGUAAUGUUUCCUUUUUUCAGAAGAACAUGUAUGUGAAUUUCAGUUAUUUACUUAA